GAAGGGGGGGAGGGGGCUUCUGCGGCGGAGGGGUACAAGCUGCACACCCGACCUUUCUGACAGGUCUCAAGCGGGGAAUCAAACCUCCACACGCGGACUGCUUCUCAGCCACUUCCCCGGCUGACAAUCCCCCGGCUCGGUCUGUUUUCCCAGCGCAGCCGCGUGCGUCCUCUGAGGAGGAAGCUGGUCGCGGGGCUCGGCACUAUACUAUACUAUACUAGUCGGAGUGGACUAGUUUCCUUGGCGGAGGCGCGGAGUUGUUUUGCUCCAGGACUGGUGUAGGGGGGCUGCUGAAUGGGAACAGUCGCCGGAUUCGAGUGGUAUCAACGCAGGCUGCCGCGACCACCCACCACUGCCCAUCGCCGCUGACUCCAGGGGACGUGUCCGGGGCGCAGAGCAGAACGAGACCACCGCCGCCAGUUCCUCCUGUCGUCCCCCCCUCUCCCCUCUCCUUCCUCAGGAUCCUCGGGACCGACGAACCCUGCAGACAUGGCUCAGAUCCUGCCGAUACGCUUCCAGGAGCAUCUGCAGUUGCAGAACCUGGGCGUGAACCCGGCGAACAUCGGCUUCAGCUAUCUGACCAUGGAGUCGGACAAGUUCAUCUGCAUCCGAGAGAAGGUGGGCGAGCAGAACCAGGUGGUGAUCGUGGACAUGUCCGACCUCACCAACCCAAUCAGGAGACCCAUUUCUGCCGACAGUGCCAUCAUGAACCCGGCCAGCAAGGUCAUCGCCCUGAAAGCUGCCAAGACACUGCAGAUCUUCAACAUCGAGAUGAAGAGCAAGGUGAAGGCUCACACGAUGACGGAGGAGGUCAUGUUCUGGAAGUGGAUAUCAAUAAACACGGUUGCGUUGGUGACGGAUACGGCCGUCUAUCACUGGAGCAUGGAGGGGGAUUCCCAACCAACCAAAGUGUUCGAUCGGCACGCCAGUCUGGCAGGAUGUCAGAUCAUCAACUACAGAACUGACGAGCAACAGAAGUGGCUACUGCUGAUAGGGAUCUCUGCACAGCAAAACCGUGUAGUUGGAGCGAUGCAGCUGUAUUCUGUUGACAGGAAGGUGUCUCAGCCCAUCGAAGGCCACGCUGCUGCCUUCGGGGAGUUCAAAGUGGAGGGAAAUACCAAACUCUCCACCCUUUUCUGUUUUGCUGUGCGCUCCCCUGGUGGGGGAAAGUUGCACAUCAUUGAAGUUGGUCAACCAGCUACAGGAAACCAGCCCUUUGCUAAGAAGGCAGUGGACGUGUUCUUCCCUCCAGAAGCUCAGACAGACUUUCCAGUAGCGAUGCAGAUUGGCAGUAAGCAUGGUGUAAUAUAUUUGAUCACUAAGUACGGUUACAUCCACCUGUAUGACCUGGAGUCUGGAGUGUGUAUCUACAUGAACCGAAUUAGUACAGAGACCAUCUUUGUCACUGCUCCUUAUGAAACCACCUCAGGAAUAAUCGGGGUCAACAAGAAGGGACAGGUCUUGUCGGUCUGCGUCGAGGAGGAAAACAUUGUCAACUAUGCCACGAACGUCCUUCAGAACCCGGAUCUUGCCCUGAGGAUGGCUGUGAGGUCAAACCUCGCUGGGGCUGAGGAGCUGUUUGGCCGGAAGUUCAACACUUUGUUUGCCCAGGGAACUUAUUCAGAGGCUGCAAAGGUUGCUGCAUCAGCACCAAAGGGAAUCUUGAGGACGGCAGAGACCAUCCGUAAGUUUCAGAGUGUCCCGGCCCAGCCAGGUCAGGCCUCUCCACUGUUGCAGUACUUUGGUAUUCUUCUGGACCAGGGCCAGCUGAACAAGUUUGAGUCUCUUGAACUGUGCAGGCCUGUCCUGCAGCAGGGCCGCAAGCAACUGCUGGAGAAAUGGUUGAAGGAGGACAAGCUGGAGUGCUCAGAAGAGCUGGGAGACCUGGUGAAGGCCUCUGACCCCACACUCGCUCUCAGUGUGUACCUCAGAGCUAACAUCCCCAGCAAGGUCAUCCAGUGCUUUGCAGAGACUGGCCAGUUCCAGAAGAUUGUGCUGUAUGCCAAAAAGGUGGGCUACACCCCAGACUGGGUGUUUUUACUGAGAAAUGUGAUGCGUGUCAAUCCAGACCAGGGACUUCAGUUUGCCCAGAUGCUGGUCCAGGAUGAGGAGCCGCUGGCCAACAUCAACCAGAUUGUCGAUGUUUUCAUGGAGGGCAACCUGAUCCAGCAGUGCACCUCCUUCCUAUUGGAUGCGUUAAAGAACAACCGCCCGGCUGAAGGACACCUACAGACACGUCUGCUUGAAAUGAACCUCAUACACGCCCCCCAGGUGGCAGAUGCGAUCCUGGGGAACCAGAUGUUCACCCACUACGACCGUCCCCAUGUCGCUCAGUUGUGUGAGAAGGCAGGUCUGCUGCAGAGGGCCCUUGAACACUACACCGACCUGUAUGAUAUCAAACGAGCUGUGGUGCACACGCAUCUGCUCAACCCUGAGUGGCUGGUGAACUUCUUUGGCUCUUUGUCAGUGGAAGACUCGUUGGAGUGUUUGAGGGCCAUGCUGUCGGCUAACAUCAGGCAGAACCUGCAGUUGUGUGUCCAGGUAGCAUCUAAGUAUCACGAGCAGCUGGGAACUCUGGCAUUAGUGGAGCUCUUUGAAUCCUUCAAGAGUUAUGAAGGUUUGUUUUACUUCCUUGGGUCGAUUGUGAAUUUCAGCCAGGAGCCAGACGUCCACUUUAAGUACAUCCAGGCCGCCUGUAAAACAGGUCAAAUCAAAGAAGUGGAGAGAAUAUGUAGAGAGAGCAACUGCUAUGACCCAGAGAGGGUUAAAAACUUCCUCAAGGAGGCCAAACUAACAGACCAGCUUCCGCUUAUCAUUGUGUGUGAUCGCUUUGACUUCGUCCAUGAUCUCGUGCUUUACCUCUACCGCAACAAUCUACAGAAAUACAUCGAAAUCUAUGUACAGAAGGUGAACCCCAGUCGUUUACCAGUGGUGAUCGGUGGGCUGCUGGAUGUCGACUGUGCUGAGGAUGUCAUUAAGAACCUGAUCAUGGUGGUCAGAGGGCAGUUCUCCACUGAUGAGCUGGUAGAGGAGGUGGAGAAGAGAAACAGGUUAAAGCUUCUGUUGCCCUGGCUGGAGUCCCGUAUCCACGAUGGCUGCGAGGAGCCGGCCACUCACAACGCCCUCGCUAAGAUCUACAUCGACAGCAACAACACACCUGAACGCUUCCUGAAGGAGAAUCCGUUCUACGACAGCGCUGUCGUGGGUAGAUACUGUGAGAAGAGAGACCCCCACCUGGCCUGUGUGGCUUAUGAGAGAGGACAGUGUGACCUGGACCUCAUCAAAGUUUGCAAUGAGAACUCGUUAUUCAAGAGUGAGGCUCGAUAUCUGGUCCGACGGAAAGAUCCCGAGCUGUGGGCGACCGUGUUGGAGGAAGACAACCCCUUCAGAAGACAACUCAUUGAUCAGGUGGUGCAGACAGCGCUGUCAGAGACGCAGGACCCAGAGGAAGUGUCCGUCACCGUCAAGGCUUUCAUGACGGCCGACCUACCCAACGAGCUGAUAGAGCUGCUGGAGAAGAUUGUUCUUGAUAACUCUGUCUUCAGCGAGCACAGAAACCUCCAGAACCUGUUGAUUUUGACAGCCAUCAAGGCCGACCGCACUCGGGUGAUGGAGUACAUCAACAAGCUGGACAACUAUGACGCUCCGGACAUCGCCAAUAUCGCCAUCAGCAACGAGCUCUUUGAGGAAGCAUUUGCCAUUUUCAAGAAGUUUGACGUCAACACCUCAGCCAUUCAGGUCCUGAUAGAGCACAUAGGGAACUUGGAUCGUGCCUAUGAGUUUGCUGAGAAGUGUAACGAGCCUGCGGUGUGGAGCCAGUUAGCCAGAGCUCAGCUGCAGAGAGACCUGGUCAAGGAGGCUAUUGACUCGUAUAUUAAAGCCGUGGACCCGUCAGCGUACAUGGAGGUGGUCAACGCAGCCAGCAAGAACAAUAACUGGGAGGACCUGGUCAAAUUCCUUCAGAUGGCUCGAAAGAAAGCGAGAGAGUCGUACGUGGAGACGGAGCUGAUCUUCGCUUUAGCCAAGACCAACCGUCUGGCCGACAUUGAGGAGUUUGUCAGUGGGCCCAACAAUGCUCACAUACAGCAGGUGGGCGAUAGAUGUUACGAGGAGGGCAUGUACGAUGCAGCCAAGCUCUUGUACAACAACGUGUCCAACUUUGCUCGACUUGCAUCGACACUCGUUCACCUCGGGGAGUAUCAGGCGGCUGUGGACAGCGCGAGGAAAGCCAACAGCACACGGACAUGGAAGGAGGUUUGCUUUGCCUGUGUUGACGGCGAGGAGUUUCGGCUGGCACAGAUCUGCGGCCUCCACAUAGUGAUCCACGCUGACGAGCUGGAGGAUCUGAUCAGCUACUAUCAGGACCGUGGCUACUUCGAGGAGCUCAUCGCUCUGCUGGAGGCCGCGCUGGGACUGGAGCGGGCUCACAUGGGAAUGUUCACCGAGCUCGCCAUCCUCUACUCCAAGUUCAAACCUCAGAAGAUGAGGGAGCACCUGGAGCUGUUCUGGUCCAGAGUCAACAUCCCAAAGGUCCUUCGGGCAGCGGAGCAGUCUCACUUAUGGGCAGAGCUGGUGUUCCUGUACGACAAGUACGAGGAGUUCGACAACGCGGUCCUCACGAUGAUGUCUCAUCCUACAGAUGCGUGGAAAGAAGUGCUGUUCAAAGACAUCGUUGCUAAGGUUGCCAACGUGGAGUUGUACUAUAAAUCUCUGUCCUUCUACCUGGAAUUCAAACCUCUUCUCCUGAACGACCUGCUGAUCAUUCUGUCUCCACGGUUGGACCACAGCCGAGCGGUCAACUUCUUCAGCAAGAUGAACCAGCUGAAGUUGGUGAAGCCUUACCUGAGAUCUGUCCAGAGUCAGAACAACAGGUCUGUCAACGAAGCUCUCAACAACCAGCUGACAGAGGAGGAAGACUAUCAGGGUCUGAGAGCAUCAAUCGACGCCUACGAUGACUUUGACACCAUCAGCCUGGCUCAGAGGUUAGAGAAACACGAGCUGAUUGAGUUCAGACGUAUCGCUGCCUACCUGUACAAGGGCAACAACCGCUGGAGACAGAGUGUGGAGCUCUGCAAGAAGGACAAACUCUACAAGGAUGCAAUGCUGUACGCUGCAGAGUCGAAGGACGCUGAGCUGGCGGAGACGCUGCUGCAGUGGUUCCUGGAGGAGGGCAGGAAGGAGUGCUUCGCCGCCUGCCUCUUCGCCUCCUACGACCUGCUUCACCCCGACGUGGUGCUGGAGGUCGCCUGGAGGAACAACAUCAUGGACUUCGCCAUGCCGUACUUCAUCCAGGUCAUGAGAGAGUACCUCACCAAGGUGGACAAGCUGGAGGAGACAGAAAGCCAAAGGCAAACGGAGGAGGAGGUGACGGAGCCUCAGCCGAUAGUGUUCGGUAGGUUAACAGGUGGAGAUCCCCCUGAAGGACAGACAGCGGUGGCUCCUGAAUAACAGGAGGACACAUUCUGCUGUUGAAAUCCAGAUUUACCAGUGAUGACAACUAUUGUUAAAGAUAUUUUCAUAAAAGAAUGGUUAGUUUAUCCGGAACAAAUUGGGACACUUGUGUCUUUGGAGUCUGGUUAACUCA